GAGGGUUCACCGGCUAUUUAAUUUAGGACUAGCUUGAGCCUUGGCGAUGUUUGAAAUUCCACCUUAUUCUUGACGUGAGACGUUCUGUAAGAUAAGGUAAGCAGGUAAGGUACCGAGUAAAGUAACUACUGUAAGUCUUAGCCGGAGCCUAAGCCUUGGAUUGCGUCGUCGCCGUCGUCGUCGUCAUUGAGGCCACGCAGUCAACAACAGCUCUCAACAGAACAGCGAUUUGCGGCCAUUCCUUUACACAAACUGCUGCGCAGUUACCCCCCGGCCCCCCCCUAUAACGAAGUUGCUGGUCGCCGAUUCUUGAAUCUUUGGACCUGCCAUGCGACGAGACACCAUCAUCCACAACAAUGUCGUUGGCCACCCCUAAGCAGACGACAGAGCUUACCCGCGCCGAAACCUUGAGCUUAGCUGCCCUGUCCCUCGUCUGCGCGACCAUCCUCGCCAACGCAGUCCAACGAGACGAUGGCGAACCCCUGGUAGCGAACCUCGCUCUCAGCGGUCUGGCAUUCUCUGCCAGCUUCGCAAUGAUACGAUGGCUUGGUCCCACGUUCAUCAAGGCAGGGCUGAAGGGCCGCGACAAGUCAAAGGUGAACAACAAGCAGGAGCUGCCCGAGUGCAUGGGCGCCAUAUGUGCCGUGGUCUAUCUGAUCAUCAUCAUGGUGUUCAUUCCUUUCCCCUUCUACAAGGACAUUGUCGUCGCUACGAGUGGUGGUGGGAAUCGAGAUGUCGUUAUGAAUGUCGACUAUGUUCAGCAGGGACGGUUGCUGCACAAGUUUCCUCACAGCAAGUUAGCAUCCUUCCUAUCUGCAAUCAUUUCACUGCAGUCCAUCUCCAUCCUCGGCAUUGGCGACGACCUCUUCGAUAUCCGCUGGCGCCAUAAGUUCUUCAUUCCGGCCUUCGCCUCCAUUCCCCUCCUCGUUAUCUACUUUGUCGACUUCGGCGUCACCUCCAUCGUACUCCCUACCAUCCUCCAACCCUACGCCGGCCGCGAGCUGCUCGACCUUGGCUUCCUCUACUACGCUUACAUGGCUGCCUUCUGCAUCUUCAGCCCGAACAGCAUCAACAUUCUCGCCGGUAUCAAUGGCAUCGAGGUCUUGCAAUCCAUUGUAAUCGCAUCGCUGCUAGCGUUCAAUGACAUCCUGUACCUCGUCACACCCUACCCGCACCCUGCGACCGACUCGCAUCUAUUCUCGCUCUACUUCCUGCUGCCGUUCAUCGGCGUAUCUCUUGCCCUGCUCUGGCAUAACAAGUACCCAGCCCGCGUGUUCGUUGGUGACACAUAUUGUUACUUUGCCGGCAUGGUCUUCGUCGUCGUCUCCAUCUUGGGUCACUUCUCCAAGACGCUACUCCUGCUCAUGAUCCCCCAGGUCUUCAACUUCUGCUACUCGGUCCCGCAGCUCUCCGGUCUGGUACCGUGUCCGCGCCACCGCCUGCCGCACUUCAACGCGCGCACGGGGCUGCUCGAGCCGUCCGUCACGCGCUGGGAGGAGGACUUCAAGAAACAGCCAAAGCCGCUGGUCGCCACCGCCAUCCGCAUCCUCGGGAAGCUGCGCCUAUUGAGAGUCACAGAAGACAAGGAGACGGGCAAGAUCCUUGAGACGACCAACUUCACCAUCCUGAACCUGUGGCUCGUGUGGCGCGGUCCGCUCAGGGAAGACUGGCUCGCCUGGGAGAUCACGGCCAUGCAAAUAGCCGUAGGCUUGUUCGGCCUGUUUGUGCGGCAUCGGCUCGCCCUGCUGGUUUUUAGAGAGGACAAUCUCGGCAUGGGAAGUGGAGUUUAGAUAUCCCUACUUCCUUUGUGAUUUUGCGUUCCUUUUCUCUUCCGAUGUGCACAUGCCUCCUGCCUGGGAAAUCCUAGAGGGAACGAUGCUCUAAUGUAAAUACAAGCAAGGGCAUACACGCCUGUUUGGGCAUGUAGCGGGAAAACUAUGGACUAGGCAUUCCUUUUUUUUUUUUUCCCCCAGCCAUAUCAUGAACAGGCCGGUUAGGGCUCAUAUGUACAUGGAGUGGUAGAAUAUUAGGGAACUAAAUAGAGACCAUAGUUGCAGAAGCUCAUAGGAGAAUCAGAG